GUGGCAAAUCGUAGCUUUAGAGGAGAAAAAUUUCCCCCUUUUUUUGUUUACCUUCCGCGAGAGUUUCCAAUCUCCCACAGCGCCUUGUUUCCUCUGAUUCGGCGGAUCCCCGCGACGGAUUGCUUCUCUGGUGUUGUGCUUAUAAGCUAUGAGGAAACAUGGUUGCAGCACCUAUUCUCUAACUAGUCUUGCAUGAUUAUUUGCUACUUUUUCGCUCCCUUUCUCUGCCCUUCUAAAUCCUAUGAAUUGGGAACGAGAAUUAUGACAUGACCAGAAAGUUACCUUGCAAGCUUCUUCUAGAUAUCUAAGAUGCCAAGGACAAGAUCAACAACUGCAGCUGCUAAAUCAACUAAGACAGAAAAGGCAGUUGAACCUGAAGAACUUGUCCCUGAUGAUCCCAAUGAGAUGGAAUAUGAGAUCGAGUAUGAAGAAGUAGAAGAGGAGGUAGAAGAGGAAGAGGAAGUCAUAGAGGAGGUCGAGGAGCUCGAAGAGGAAGAAGAAGAGACUGUACCUGUCAAUGGAAGCAACACCGGUGAUAAAUACAGCAGCACUGAAAACCAUCAAAGCAAGGAGCAAGCAGAGCUCCUUGCACUUCCUCCACAUGGAUCAGAAAUUUAUGUUGGAUCUAUACCGUAUGAUGCUUCAGAAGUUGAAUUGAGAAGCUUUUGUGAGUCUGUUGGAGAGGUGACUGAGGUUAGGAUGAUGAAAGGCAGGGAUUCAUUGGAGAAUAAAGGCUAUGCUUUUGUUACUUAUAAAACAAAAGAGUUGGCUACUAAAGCUAUUGAAGAACUAAAUAACACUGAUUUUAAGGGGAAAAAGGUGAAAUGUUCAAUGUCUCAAGCUAAGCAUCGGUUGUAUGUUGGUAAUAUUCCUCGAAACUGGAUGGAGGAUGAUCUGAAAAGAGUUGUGACCACAAUUGGUCCUGGAGUUAAUAAAGUGAAUUUGAUCAAGGAUCCACAAAAUAUUCCCCGUAACCGAGGUUAUGCAUUCAUUGAGUAUUAUAAUCAUGCAUGUGCUGAGUAUUCCAGAAAAAUUAUGUCAUCAGAAAAUUUCAAAUUUGAUUCAAAUAUCCCAACAGUAAGCUGGGCUGAUCCUAGGAAUGGGGAUUCCCCUUCUAGUACUCAGGUAAAGUCUAUUUAUGUGAAAAACUUACCCAAAGAUGUGACAGAAGAGCAGUUGAAAAAGUUAUUCGAACAGCAUGGUGAAAUAACAAAGGUCGUUCUGCCUCCAGCAAAAUCUGGACAUGAGAAGAGGUAUGGUUUUGUGCAUUUUAAAGAGCGCUCCAUGGCUAUGAAGGCACUCAAGAGCACAGAGAAAUAUGAAAUUGAUGGUGAUGUUCUUAACUGUUCAUUAGCAAAGCCUCCAGCAGAUAAAAAAGUUGAAGCAGGAUCAAGUGCUCAACAAGCUGCUUUAUUGUCAAAUUAUCCAUCUCAGAUGGGGUAUGGUGUGCUGGGAGGUGCUUAUGGUUCUCUAGCUUCAGGGUUUGGGCAGCCUAUGGCAUAUGGAAGGGGACAGGUUCCUGCUGGCAUGGCAAUGGUGCCAAUGUUCUUACCCGAUGGACGACUUGGAUAUGUAUUGCAACAGCCUGGAGCGUCUGUGCCUAGACAGCAGCAUGGGGGGAAAUAUGGUGGCACCUCAAGUGGAGCUAAGAACAAUGAGAGUGGACGUGGGCGUAGAUUUAGACCAUACUAAGUCAUUUGGUAGAUUUCUUCCAAUUCCAGAAUCUCAAGAUGUAUUGAUUGUACCACUGGGUGGUGAGUGCUACUUUCAUCUUUAAUCACUCUUCAAUUAAGAAAAAUAUUGUAGAACACAUGUAUGAUGAAAAAUUAUUGCUGUGAGUCCUGAUCCGAUCUACUUUUAAAAGUGAGUUUGGUUUUUUCCUUUC